AUGUUUCACGCCUUUGUUCUCCUGUGUCUGUCUACUGUUCUCCGCUUGUGUUGUUCAGGUGUGUUUGGAGUUGAUCCAGAUGAAGUGAAGUCAGUAUCAGUGUUGGAGGGACAUUAUGUCACACUACACACCAAUGUUACUGACAUACAGAGAAUCCGUCUGCUACUGUGGAAGUUCGGACCAACGGAGGCUCUCAUAGUUAAAAUAAACAAAGAAGCCAAUAAGACGUCAGUAUAUGCUGAUGUUCAAGAUGGGAUGUUCAGAGACAGACUGCAGGUGGAUGAUCAGACUGGAUCUCUCACCAUCACAAACAACAGAAUCGCUCACUCUGGACUUUAUCAAAUCACCAUCAGCAGCUGGCAGAAGACCACAUGCAGAUUCAACGUCACUGUCUACGCUCGUCUGCCAAUUCCCAUCAUCACCAAUUCUUCAUCAUCAGAAAGAUCUUCAGUGUCAAAAUGUGCGUUGUUGUGUUCAGUGGUGAAAACGUCACACGUGAGUGUCUCCUGGUACAAAGGAAAGAGUUUAUUGUCCAGCAUCAGUGUGUCUGAACACAGAGACAUCAUCAACAUCUCUCUUCAUCUGGAGUGUCUGAAUGAUUCUUACACAUGUGUGCUGAACAAUCCCAUCACAAACCAGACUCAACAUCUCACAUCUGAUGACUGUCAGCCAUGUUCAGGAACAACAGCUAGAGCAGCAGUGGAAGAUGAGGUGGUGUACGCAGAGGUCACGAUAAUCAAACGUUGA